GUUCUAUAAAAAGAUGGAUGUUUUUUUUGUCUUUUCAUGUGGGGCGAUUGUUGUGGUGUCCUUGGGUUUCUAAAUGUUUUACUUGCUUCUCUUCUGUUCUUUGCAUCCCUCUUUCCUUUCCUCCUUCCACCCGCGGAACCGUUUCCUCCUCUGGGUCUUACUCGGUCUCUCUCAGCUCCAGGCCCUGUCACAGGCUCACAGCCCGUGGCCGGGGCUCGGCCCGCACCAGAGCAACGCGCGGCCUGGAAGGCUGAGGGUCGGGAGCUGCGCGUGGUGAUGAACACCAACGACCCCGACUACGAGCACGUCUACUCCAUCGAGGCCUUGGACGACCCCUCAGAUGAGCUGCUGUACUUCCCUCCCUCCGACAACCGCACUGACGGUGUGCCUGACAAACAGGAUUCGGGGAAACCUGUCAAAGUUAAAGCCAACAACGCACCGAAGGAAGUCAAGGUCGGUGGUAAGGGAGCAGCCAAAACGACAGCACCGAAGUCAGCCAAGCCCCAACCAGUGAGGGCCAAGAGGGGGACCCAAGGAGAAGCUGCUAUUGAGCGCUGCUUUCUGCCAAUGGAGGAGGGCGGCUGCGAGCGCUACACCAUGCGCUGGUACUUUAACGGCCGUGUUCGGGCGUGCAGGCCUUUCAUCUACAGCGGCUGCGGAGGGAAUGACAACCGCUUCCUCCACCUGGAGGAGUGUGAGGAGGUGUGCCAUGACAGUGAUGGAGGUUCUCCAUCCAAGCAGACAGCCCGGUGAUGGAAGUGCUUCACUAAACAGGAACAUCGGCCUUUUUUACAGCUUUUAAACCCUUUUUUUUGUUAAAUAUUUGUUGUUUUUUAUUUAUUAUUAUUUCCCCACCCCACCGCACUUGAUACAUUUGCUUUAUGCUUUUACACUCUUGCACAAAAUCCCCUAAAUGGUGCUUCAAAGUGUAAAGAAAGAGGUACUGUAAGUGUGUUUAUGAAAACGUAAUCCAUCAAAAAAAGAAAAACUUUGUCCAAGCUUAAUAAAUAUGUACUCGCCUGACAGCUUCUCAACUAAAUAAAUGGUGUCAUGCUGGAAAAACAAACCCGAGCGUCUCAUUUUCAAUUCCCCUGAUUAGCAUAUCUGUGGAGGAGUGGAAGAUUAUCAAUAGCAGAAGUGCCUAAAAAAACGUACACUAGUUGUUUUUUUUAAUGUCUGAUGGUUUCGUCAUUCUGCAUGUGAAGAAUCAGGCGCAGAAUUAUGCUGAAUUUUGUUGAUAGUAAAGA